GCUCCACGUCCGCAGGGCGGGCUGGGCGGCGGGCUCGGCGGACGCCGCGCCUGCUGGACCCGGCGAGCGUCGGCGUCGGGGGCGUGUCUGCCCCGCGGCUGGGGGCCGGGGCCGUGGCUGUGGAGGGCCAGGUGAGCGGCUGCUCGGCGCGGGCCGGCUCCUCGGAAGCGGGCCCGCCGCGCCAGCGAUUCUCCUGGCCUACCAUUCCUAGAGCGCCGAUUUUGUGCCUGGCACCGUGCGCUGGGCUUUGCAUCUGUUUGUUAAUUUUCUCCUCAUACUCCGUUGCAACGCAGAUCUUCAAAGAUCCCUCAGUGCCUGAAAGAGAAAAGAUCCUCUUUAUUAUGUCAUCUAGAGCUGGUCACAAUGGGGACCCACUGUUUAUGGAUGGAUCCUUUUCCAGUCCUCCCCAGUCAAGCAAGUCCACUACACUCAAACCCGCUACAACCUUAUCUCCCCAUCUUCCUGCUUUAACUCCCACACAGAGCAUCUCCAUCAAUGCUGCUCCUAAUUUGUGGUUUCUUGUGUUCCAGGAUGUUAUCAUCAUGGCGGCCCUUGGCUUGGGCUUCCUCACCUCGUCUUUGCGGAGACACUGCUGGAGCAGCGUGGCCUUCAACCUCUUCAUGCUGGCCUUCGGGGUGCAGUGGGCGGUCCUGCUGAAUGGCUUCCUAGAGCAGCCCUCCUCUGGGGGGAUAGUCAUCAAUCUGUACAGUAUUCAGCUGGCCACCAUGAGUGCCAUGUCUGUGCUGAUCUCAGCAGGCAGCAUCCUGGGGCGGGUCAACCUGGUGCAGCUGGUGGUGAUGGCACUGAUGGAGGUGACAGCCUUUGUCAUCUUGAGGACAUUCGGCAAGAAGUUCUUGUAUAUGGACGACCACAUAAGCCUGAUGUACAUCCAUGUGUUUGCAGCCGAUUUUGGGCAGAUGGUGGACCGGUGCCUCUCAAAGCCUCUGCUGGAGGAAGUGAAGGAGAAAGUUCAGAUGGCAACAGGCCCCGGUUUGUUUGCCAUGCUGGGCACCCUCUGCUUGUGGAUCUUCUGGCCGAGUUUCAACUCUGCUCUGCUAGAUGUGACAGACGAAAGGAAGAACGCCUUGUUCAACACCCACUAUGCUCUUGCGGUCAGUGCGGUGACAGCCAUCUCGGUGUCGGCCUUGUCUAACCCCGGAGGGAAGAUCAACCUGAUUCAUAUCCACAAUGCAGUGCUGGCAGGAGGUGUGGCUGUGGGUCCCUCGUGUCACCUGAUCCCUUCUCCUUGGCUUGCCAUGGUGCUGGGCCUUAUAGCUGGACUGAUCUCCAUUGGGGGAGCCAAAUGCCAGCAGGUGUGUUUACACCACCAGCUGGGGAUCCACGACAGCUGCGGCGUGCAGUAUACCUUCGGCUGGCCCGGUCUGCUCGGAGGCGUCGCCUACAUCGUGCAGAUGGUGCUUCGGGUCGACCGGACCUGGAAUCCCAUGACGGACCAGCAGGUGCUCAUUUACGUGGGGAUGCUGGGCUGGGUCAUGGCUAUCGGCAUGCUGUCUGGUCUCCUGACAGGUUUAAUCUUAAAACUCGAAAUAUGGAAAGCACCUCAUGAAGCUAAAUAUUUUGAUGACCAGGCUUUCUGGAAGUUUCAUCAUCUGGCUACUGGAUUUUAAGCAGAAGUAUCCAAGAAAAACAAGGCCUGUUUGAAAACAAGACAACUUCCUUUCAUCAUGACCCGCCUUCUUUUUGUGUGCAACAAACACGUGUUACAGCAGACUCUUAUGUACAAUGAGAGGUCAGAGGUAGAUUUGAUAUUAAAAAUAAAAGACCAAAAACCUGUUUAAGCGGUAAUUUCAUAAUAGCCUUAAACAAAUGUUUGGUUUCCUUAAAGAUGAUGCUAUCAAUAUUUUCUUGGGUACAGACACAUAACUAAGGUUUUGGUUCAAUUUUAUUGACAAUUCUUAGAUUCUUUCUCAUGCUUAAUAAAGUCCGCUACCCCGUUAACUCUCAUCUACAUCAGGAGAGUAGAUGAUACCAAAUAGGGAAAAAUUAAGAACUCACUUAUAUUUAGUCCUAUAAUGCAGACAUUACAUUUUUAUUCCAGCAGUUCCACAAGGUAGUUCUUAUUCCCUGAGCACAUUCUGAAUUUAACUGUGGGGAAAGAUGUCACAGUCAAUUGUGGAGAUAUAUUGCCUUAUAAUUUAAAAACUAGUUCUAUAACCUUGAGGAAAUCAUUCAAAUUUCCCUGGUCUCGGCUCCCUCAACUGUAAAAAGAAAAGGUGGACUUCAAUCUCUAAGAACCCCUCCAAUUCUCACCCCCUAAUGGAUCUAAAACUCGCCUGAGGGAUUUGCUGUGGGAUGACAGCAACACAAUCAGUUCUCUGAGUAGUGUCUUAAUGACCAGGCAGUAUUCAAAACAUAUACUGACAGACAACUAUGGCUGAGAUGGAGAAGAGUACCGCAAAUUUAAAUCAUCUAAGAGACACUUGUGUUUGAGGAAGGGCUAAUUGUAGCAAGUUUCAGGAAAGAAAACAUUUCAAGCUGUAGUUCUAAAGAAUGCAUAUCCCACAGUUAGCUGGUUCAUUAAAAAAAAAUUCCCAUUUUCCCAAGGUGGGGACCCUGGGGGAUAACAGAGUUCUAAAGAGGGACAGACUAAGAGAAUUCCAGUAGCUAAUGUCUAUAGUUAUAAUUGACCUUGCUGGUCUAUUUUGAGCUUAGUGCUUCAGUACAGAGAGACAGUGAAAAUGUGAAAUCCAAUUUAUCAUCAAACCAACAACAAAAAAAUCUGUCACCUGAGUAAAGACUAGUGUCAAGUCCCUACCCUUUUCCUCUUUCCUUCAGUGGUGGAUGUGGAGAGACUGUCAGCGUCCCACCAGGCCCAUGUGUCAUGGCUGAGUUAUCACCACCCCCUCCCACCCUGAAUCAGUGGCACUGAGGAGCCUGGCGGCUGGAUCACAGGGCUUCUCUCUCUUACGACAUGUUCACUCACCCCUUGGGAGACCCUCCAGAGCUGCUCACACCGAAAUGUUUACAGAAUUUUUGGCAAAACUGUAUAAACCAAACACAAAGUAUAGUGAGAAAGAAUUCUGACCACUGAAUAGUUUUUAAAAACAAGGAGAUGUUUAUAUUUCUUUUAACAUUUGACACAGAAGAGGCCACAUUUAAAUAAGCACAUUAAAUCUUCAGAGCACUUUAAUUACAGUUUUGGACCUUGGAUAUGACAAAUACUCAUAUAAGUUGUAUCCAUAAUUUCUUUGUAUUUUUACAAAUUAUACCACGAUAAAGCUUAAUAAAAAUUACUCGUGCACUAUUUUUCUUUAAUAUUUUAUGUUAAUCAAAUGUAUACCACAAGAUUUUUGUUUUGGCUGCUUAAAUAGGGAGUUCUCAUGAUUUUAGUAUUACACAAAUUUAAGCAAAGACUACACUCAGAAAUAAGUUUAGAAAAUGGCAUUACAAAAGAGAGGGAGUAGAAAAAAAAACCCACGCAGGGCUGCUGUGCAGUAGGAAAUCGGACGUUUUCACUGCCAUAAGUCUUCGGUGCGGCCAAACUUAAAAACCAGUCCUC